AUGCGAAACGGAGUUCCAUUAUGCUUACACUAUGUCUCGAGAUCUAAAGGUCACAAAGGUCUGGCGAUAGAGGAGCUGCGAAUUCGAAUCACUCUGAACGAUGCAUCGGCAAGGAUUUCGUCUGAUCGUGCGCGCGUGUGUAUCGUGCAAUUCUGUCUUCUGUUGCCCGAAAGACAGACGAGAUUGCGGGCGAAAGCUGAGAGCAUGCAGACAAGUGAAGCGAGACAAUGCGACGAGUAG